UGGUUUAGGUGUAUUAUUUACGCUUAGAAAAUAGAAAGUAGUUGUAGAAAUUUUUCACCGCCAGUCGAAGGCGGAUCGGGUUUAGCCAGAUAAAAUCCCUGGGAAUGCCAACAAAUCUGCGACCGACGACCAAUGGCAACACUCCGGAGGAUUGGCAAGUGUUUGAGGUGCUGUUCGGUGCCCAGAAUGACACGAAACUCCUUCCGGAAAGGAUGACCGCAAUGUCACCUUUGAGGCAACAACCAGUUCUUCCAUCUUUCCAGCUGGACGCCUCCUGCAGCAAUACAGGAAUCACUGUCACUGAACACCAUCAUGGACUGGACUUAACCACCACUCUUCGGAGCGAAUUGGCUGCGUUGUCCUACAAAAAGGAGCGACUGACGGGGGAGCUAGCUGAAACCCGAACUGCCUUGUGCAGCAAAGAGGCUGAUAUUGAGAAUCUGAGAGCCCAGGCUGCUCGGCAAACAGCUCUCAUUGGAUCCCUCCAAAGUCGCCUCCAGAAUGCCGAGAGCAGGGAGCAAUCCGUGCAGGCCAGAUGCGAUGCCACCAUUCAGACGGUUCAGCGGGAGAAGCGGAGUUCGGAUGAGAGAAAUAAAGAGCUGAUUUGCAAGAUCCAACACCUCGAAACUCAUGUGGCAAGUGAGGAAUCCCAGAAGGAGCAGGCCAAGGCCCAGUUGCACGAUCUCCUGCGACGACUGAGCAUCAGUUUGGGAAUGGAUGUGUGCGAUGGCAAUCAGAACUCGCAUGCCACACCCGAGUGCAUCAUUUCCCGGGCCGAGGAGGUGAUGGUGGAGCUGCAAAGGACCAAGGCGAAGGUCAGUUCCACCUGCGAUACCCUUAGUUCCUGUGAGAAUGAGCUGCUAAAUCUCAAAUCCCUGGCCAAUAUCGAGAAGCAACGGCUGACUGCCCAACUCGAUGGAGCUGGCAAUCAUAAUCACGAACUCGAAGGACGUUGUCGGCAAUACGAAAGGGAUCUCCAGAUCCAAAGGGAUCGACUCACCGAAUCGGAAAUCAAUGGCGAGAAACUCAAGGAGGAGUUGCGUGGCUUCGAGUCCCGUUGUCAUCGUUUGCAGAACAACUUGGACAGGAUUCAGGGAGAUCGUUUGCAGUUCUUGAGGGGAUUGAGCAAUCUCUUGAAUGUUCCCGAACCCUGUGAAACUUUAAUCAAGGAUAAGUUGAGGGAAACUCUGGCGGAAAAUCAGGCCAUGCAUGCGCAAAUGCAUUCCCUGCGAGAUCAGUUGAGCUCGGAACAUGAAAAGCUAAAGGAAACCCAGCAGAACACCGAAUGUCGCCUUCGUUCAGGAGAAGCUCAGAAAUGCGAGCUAACCGAGCGAUUGGAGAAAUGCCACGCGGAGAUCCACACUCUACGAAAAGAUCACAUGGGUCUAUCGGAAUUCCUGCAGCGCUUGGCCAAUGCGAUGAACUGGAGCGAGUGCUCGGCACCACCGGCCCUUGGAACCGACACCAACUUGAUGGCCGAGAACCUGCUCGAAAGAGCCGAAAGACUCACGGCUCACUGCGAGCACGAGGUGUCCCAUCACCAUCAUCAUCAUAGUCCCGAGAAGGGUUGCUGUGACCAUGGACACGGUCAUGGAAAACUGCGCCGGGAGAGAUCCUGUCACGAUAUUCCCCUCAAGGAUAGCAGCAGUGUGUACAAUCUCCAAAGAAGAGUUCGUGUUCUGAGGGAGCAAGUCCAGCGGAGGGAUCUCCACUUGGAGCUGCUGCGUCGCAAGUUGGCCAUCAUUGAGGACGGAGCUCGUGGCAAGUGCAUGUUGCAGGGUGAACGGGACGAGGCGGUUUGCCGGGCCAAGAAGGCCGCCAAGCAGGUGGACAAGCUGAGUGCCCAGUUGGCCGAUGCCCGAUCCCAAAUCGCUGAGGUGAAGGCUCAACUUGCCGAGGCUGUGGAGUACAAGAUAACCUCCUUGGAGAGGGCCAGAAAGAUCGACGAGCUGAGCACCCAGAUGUGCGAUUUGGAGGACGAAAAGACGCGUCUUUUGUCCCAACUUAGUGCCUUAAAGGAGCGACUCAAGUCUUCCUGCGAGUCCAAUCAGAAUCGCAGAUGCCGUGAUGAGGCGCUUAUAAAUUCCAUGCGCGAUGAUGUCAACCGUUUGAGUGCCCAACUUUCGGAUGCCAAUCAGAGACUGUCCCAUUUGCAAUCCUUCCGCACCUCGGUUGCCAGGACACUGCAUCUUCGGGAUUUGCCGGAAACCGAUCUUCUGCACCGUCUUCAGGCCUUGUGCUCUGCCCACCAGGAGUUCACGAUGCUCUCCAAGCGAUAUGAGACCGCCUCGCCAGUUGGCGAUCAUCCGUGUCCGCGUUACGAUGAUCCCAUUCCACCUUCCACCCACUGCCGGCCGCCCAGGGAACUCAGUCCCACGCCCACCGCCUUCCACCACAAGGCAACCAUUCAUUCGGGGAGCAGCCAUCACCCACCGACCGAGCAUCACCAUGGAUCCAACAGCCAUGUGCACAAUCACCACGGGCAUGGACAUGGUCACGGAUCCCAUUCGAGGAGACAGCGGAGCAAGAGCCGGGAUAAGAGACUCCACGACGAGUGCUUCGACACGGAUGUGCAUCGCUUGCACCACGGUUGCAAGGAGGAGCUGCUGGCCACCGGAUCCGAGGACGACUUCGACUUCAAAAGCAAAUACUGCUAGACAUGCACCCCCUCUUUUUUAUGCA